AUGCCGGUGCGACGCGGACACGUGGCGCCCCAGAACACUUUCCUGGAUACCAUCAUCAGGAAAUUCGAAAGUCAGAGUCGAAAGUUUGUCAUAGCCAAUGCGCGGGUGGAGAACUGCGCCAUCAUCUUCUGUAACGAUGGCUUCUGUCACAUGUGUGGCUACACGCGGGCCGAGAUCAUGCAGAAACCGUGCACCUGUGACUUCUUGUAUGGGCCGCACACCAAACGCCUGGCCAUUGCACAGAUGGCUCAAGCGCUUCUGGGCUCGGAGGAAAGGAAAGUGGAGAUCACACUCUACAGGAAGGACGGUGUAUGCUUUCUGUGCCUGGUAGAUGUAGUGCCGGUCAAAAAUGAGGAUGGUGUGGUGAUCAUGUUCAUCCUAAACUUUGAAGUCAUUACUGAAGACAAACUCCGCAACCCCAACCAGGGCCUGAACCAUCGGCUGCCUCUCCCCUGGCGCUCCACAAAUCGCGCGCGUCGUAUCCGUCUGCAUUUGCCACUCCUUCAGUCACACUGUAACAGCAAGUCAUGUCUACGUGAGGACCCAGAGGCAGGCCGUAGUGCUGACAUCUCUGCCACUGCUAGCUCCAGGCGUGGCAGCAGUCACGAAUCUCUGGCUCUGGGCGAGCUCGUCUCACUGCCGGAACACGAGCAGGUCCGCCCCUCUGUCGCCACACCAUCGGGCACGGCAUCCUCCUCCCUGUGGCCUGAGGACAGACGGACCCUCCUGGGAAGUGAGUCCACGCCACCUCCUUUGGCCCCUACACACUCCUCCACAUUGCCUCGGGGCCAGUCUUCACCACGGGCACACAGGCUCAACCCAGACGCCUCGACCUCCAACUGCAGCCUGUCACAUAGCCGCUCCCGUGAGAGCUUCCACAGCAUGCGCCGUGCAUCCUCUGUAGAUGACAUCGAGGCCAUGAAGCCUGAAUGGGAUCGCAGACACUCCAUACGGCCAUCGAGCAGCAGUACAGGUGCAGUGAACAACAAGUCCAACAUGCUUAACUCUACCUCUGACUCAGACCUCAUGCGCUACCGCACCAUCAGUAAGAUCCCCCAGAUCACUCUCAACUUUGUAGACUUUAAACCCGACCCUCUUAUUGCCCUUCCUCCCGGAGAAAUGGACAUCAUCGCUCCGUGCAAGCUCAUUGACCGCACACACAACGUCACGGAGAAGGUCACACAGGUGCUGUCACUAGGCGCUGAUGUUCUUCCCGAAUACAAGCUCCAGGCACCACGCAUCCACAAGUGGACUGUACUGCACUACAGCCCCUUCAAGGCUGUGUGGGACUGGCUGAUUCUGCUCCUGGUGAUCUACACUGCCAUUGUAACACCAUACAGUGCUGCCUUCCUGCUUGUCUCAGAGAAGGAGAACGAUACCUGCACAUACUGCAAGCCGCUCAACAACGUGGACCUUGUCGUCGACAUCAUGUUCAUCAUCGACAUCCUCAUCAAUUUCCGCACCACUUAUGUCAAUGCCAAUGACGAGGUGGUGAGCCACCCGCUGCGCAUCGCCGUGCACUACUUCAAAGGCUGGUUCCUCAUUGACAUGGUGGCCGCCAUCCCCUUCGACCUGCUCAUCUAUGACAAUGGCGAGGAGACAACCACUCUAAUUGGUCUCCUAAAGACGGCACGGCUCUUGAGGCUGGUUCGAGUGGCCCGGAAGUUGGACCGCUACUCGGAAUAUGGUGCAGCUGUGCUCUUCCUUCUCAUGUGCACUUUUGCACUUAUUGCUCAUUGGUUGGCCUGUAUCUGGUACGCCAUUGGAAAUGUAGAACGCAGCCGUGCCAUCGGCUGGCUUCACACACUAGGGGAUCAGCUCGGGAAACCCUACAAUUACUCCAUCGUCAACUCAGGACCCAGCAUUAAGGACAAAUAUGUGACUGCCCUUUAUUUCACCUUCAGCAGUUUGACCAGUGUAGGAUUCGGCAAUGUCUCACCCAACACCAACUCAGAGAAGAUCUUCUCCAUAUGCGUCAUGCUAAUUGGAUCCCUCAUGUAUGCCAGUAUCUUUGGGAAUGUGUCAGCCAUCAUACAGCGGCUAUACUCAGGUACAGCACGCUACCACACUCAGAUGCUCCGUGUCAGAGAGUUUAUUCGCUUCCACCAAAUCCCCAACCCACUCAGACAGAGGCUGGAGGAGUAUUUCCAACACGCCUGGUCCUACACUAACGGAAUUGACAUGAAUGCGGUACUGAAAGGCUUCCCUGAGUGUCUUCAGGCAGAUAUAUGUCUGCACCUGAACCGUACUCUCCUGCAGAACUGUAAAGCUUUUAAGGGAUCCACUAAAGGUUGCCUGCGAGCCCUGGCCAUGAAAUUCAAAACCACUCACGCCCCACCGGGUGACACAUUAGUCCAUGCGGGUGAUGUUCUCUCUGCCCUUUACUUUAUUUCCAGAGGAUCCAUUGAAAUACUACGGGGAGAUGUGGUGGUGGCCAUCUUAGGAAAGAAUGAUAUAUUUGGUGAGCCCAUCAAUCUGUAUGCUCGACCAGGCAAGUCCAAUGCUGAUGUCAGGGCUCUCACCUAUUGCGACUUGCACAAGAUCCAUAGAGAGGAUGUUCUGGAGGUUCUUGACAUGUAUCCAGAGUUCUCAGAUCACUUCUGGAGCAACCUGGAGAUCACUUUUAACCUGAGAGAUACCAACAUGAUUCCUGGGUCUCCAAGCAGUGAUGACUCGGACAAUAUUGGCUUUAACAAACUCCGCAAACGAAAGCUUUCCUUCCGACGACGAACAGAAAAAGAUGAUGCAGAUGCAGGAGAGCUCAAGAAGAACCAGAAGCCAGUGCGACGUAACAGGAAACAGGUCAGAAGUAGUCAGAACGAGGGACUAAAACCAGACUUCGAAGGGCCUCGGAGUUCAAGCUCUUCCCACUCUAGUGGCGAUGAAAGGGAGGAUCUUGUUCAUACUCGCUCCAAUCUGCCAACAACAAUAUUGGAGCUCUCUCAAGCCCAAGGCACUUCUGUGGUCUUUAAUGACAACCCUGAGGGGGAAGCGGAUCCUAAAACAGGCAACACCUGCAAUGCUCUGUCAGGUGCACUCUCAGGCGUAUCCAACAUCUUUAGUUUCUGGGGUGAGAGUCGGGGUCGUCAGUAUCAGGAACUGCCCCGCUGUAAUCUCCCAUCACCACCACCACAGCACAACACCCCGUUACACAGCAUCACAAGACAGCAGCGGAGCCAACUGGAGAACAGGCUGGACGUGCUGCAGACACAACUCAACAGGUUGGAGACUCGUAUGUCCACAGACAUCAGUGCAAUCAUGCAGUUGCUCCAGAGGCAGAUGACGAUGGUGCCGCCAUCCUAUAGCACAGUGUCCUCACCUCCCCAGGCAUCACUGUACCUCGGCUCAAGCCCAGGUCCUGAAGAGUCCCUCAUCCAGACUGCCACACCUAUGGAGUCUGAGAGACUAUCCUCAAUCUCACAGAUUCUGGACCCUCAGGACUUUGAGAAAUUACCUGCCAAGUCAUGUGAGUCUCUCCAGUUCAUGACGGAGCCCUUACUUAGCCCAGGAGCCACCCCCCUGCAGGCUCUGUCCAGUCUGGACCACAACGCUGAGCUUCCAGACCCAAACACCCAGCGGCGUUUCUCCCUCCAGGAACCACAAACCCCUCUGGACUCACGGACACCGCAAAGACACAGCUCUGAUCCCGGGAGCUAGGGAGGGAGGGAAUGAGGGAGGAUAAAGAAACAAUGAAUGAAGAGAGCAAACACAGAUGGGAUGAGGCUCUUCAUUUUCUUGCCUGUGUCACUACUUUUCAGCCAUUCAAUCUCUCUUUCUCUUCCGCACGUAUCUCAUGGAGGGAACAG